CGCCCAGAGACCAAUAGGGUCUGGAACUGCCGCGAGGCUGACGUCACGGGCCCUGUAACUGAUUACCUGCGCGCGACCGACCCCCGCCCCUUCUCAUUGCGGCGCGCGCAGCUUGUCUUCGCUCUGUCCGUUUCGCCAAAGACCACGUAGGCAAAGCCGCGGGGGUUGGCCCGGAAGUACUUCUGCGGCCUAGUCAGGCACUUCCGGGCUCCCGGCAGGCUUCCCCCUUCUACCCCCCUUUCUCCGCCACGCCGCACGGACCUGCAGCAGGUGCCACCGCCGACACCCCGCUGCCUCCCACCGGGCUUCACUCCCCACGCACCCGCCCCGGCCCCCUGCGGACAUGCCGCUGCGGGGCUCGCCCGGCGCCGCGGGCUGGGGGCGGCGACUGGCGGCGCAUCUAGUGCUGCUGCUGCCGCUGUUGGGCUGCGCGGUCCGGGCCUCCGAGAUCACGUUCGAGUUGCCGGACAACGCGAAGCAGUGCUUCUAUGAGGAGAUCGCGCAGGGCACCAAGUGCACCCUCGAGUUCCAGGUGAUCACUGGAGGUCAUUAUGAUGUUGACUGCCGGUUGGAAGAUCCUGAUGGCAUUGUGUUGUACAAAGAGAUGAAGAAACAAUAUGAUAGCUUUACCUUUACUGCAUCCAGGAAUGGAACAUAUAAAUUCUGCUUCAGCAAUGAAUUUUCUACUUUCACACACAAAACUGUGUACUUUGACUUCCAAGUUGGAGAAGAUCCACCUCUGUUUCCUAGUGAGAACAGAGUCACUGCCCUAACUCAGAUGGAGUCUGCUUGUGUUUCAAUUCAUGAAGCUUUGAAGUCUGUCAUCGAUUAUCAGACUCACUUCCGCUUGAGAGAAGCACAAGGCCGUAGUAGGGCAGAAGACCUGAACACGAGAGUGGCAUAUUGGUCAAUAGGGGAAGCAAUCAUUCUUCUUGUAGUUAGUAUUGGGCAGGUGUUUCUUCUCAAAAGCUUCUUUUCAGAUAAAAGAACCACCACAACCCGUGUUGGAUCAUAACUACUAGUGAGAUGAUGCCUCUGAUCCAAUGCACACUUCAUUUGUAAAAUUGCUAUUCUCCAAUUAAUUGUAGGUACAAAAGAACAAAAUAUGAGCAACAUCUUAAAUAUUUUUGCCCGUCCCGGUUCAGUAAAAGUUACAAAAAAUACCCAGAAAUUGUGGAAGGAAUGCCUUAUUUGAAAUAUUUGGAAAACUUUGGAAUGUACUAUUUUUGGAUGUUUUAUAUUAAACAUCCAGCAGUGACCUGUGGGAUUUUUUCAUUUGUUUUGUUUCUACUGAUUAAUCUAAUUUGUUUGAUAUUACCAAUAAAAUUACCCAUGUGCGGUAUAAUGCUUUAAAAAAAUGUUGAAGAGUGUACAUGUGAAAAAUUGAUGGCAUUUUAGUAUUUUAGGCUGAAGGUGUCAGAAAUGAAAGCAAACGUGAGAAGCUGUAGUCACAAAACAUUGUACUGCAUUGUUUUGAUUUGCUGUGAUAAUCCAGCCAUCUUUCUUUGCUUAUUUGUAAAGUGUUACAAGCUAAUACUACAUUGCGGGACAGAUUCUCCAGUAGCCUGAUAUCUUUCCAUCUUUGACACUUUCUGAGUUUUAUACUUGGAAAUAUUUAUGGGAAAAAUCGCAUUAUAUGCUAAAAUGUAAUGGAAUUUCUGUUUUACUGAAGAAAAUGUAGACUGAGACUACUCAGGAAACAAACUUUCAAUGCUCUGUUGAUUUCCAAGGUUUUUAUUUUUUAAAAAAAUGCAAUAAAAUAGGGAGAAUCUUGUAAUUUUGUGACUGAAGUUGUACAGUCUUUGUAUGCUGCUGAUGCUUUCCAGAAUUUGACACCAGAGGUAAACUGUCUUAAGCAGCAGAGCACCAACACUGGACAAGGUUGUAUAACAUCUUUGCAAGGCACAUAUAAAGCUUUUAUCAUUAUCCUAGUGAGAGUCCAAUUAGAUACUUACAUCACACAGGUUUUGUAAAUUUUAUCUCCAUGGGCGUGGUGCACUGAUACAUAAUGGCCUUGGGCAUCUAACUACCACUUCUUUGCUAAUGGUCAUGUGAUAUUUUAAAUGUUUCAGGGUGUCUUUUUGGUAGGUUUGUAGACUAAAUUGUUUCCAUUCCUCAUGUCUUGAAUAGUUGUGGUAGAGUUCAUACUCUGCAAAAUCUUGCUUUACUUGGACAUGGGAGAUAGCAAAUAUGUGUACAUAAAUUUCUUAAAUUGAGCUAUUCAGAGUAAGGUUUAAGAGCUCCAUCAGAUUAUUUUGAAAGGAAAAAGGGACUUGCCAAUUCUCAAGCGCACAGGAGAAAUUACAACUAAAAUAAGACAUGAAAAUGCAGGGCUUUCAUAUAUUUCAAUUCACAAUUUUACUAAAACUAGUGCUGCGUACUUAAUCCUAGCUUAAAAAGGAUAGAGAUUGAUUUACUGCUGGUAUUGACCAUUUAUUUCCCACUUCGGAAAAAUUGUAAAAACUGUAUAUAUACAUAUUGCACUUGGACGCGCUGUGUAAACUAUGGUUAUUUGAAAUUAAAAUGCUCAGACUAAGAAAAGGAUGAACUAGAUUUAUCCUUGUGAAUUGACCCGUUAUUGUACUCUGAAAUAUUAAAGAAACUAAAGUUAACUUGAUGCUGUUGAAAAGUCACUGGGGUUGGUAAGUGAAAAACAUGUUAUCUCUUAGUUUCAGAAAUCCAUUUGAUGUCCUCGUAAAUAGGGUGGAAUUUUUUUGUUCAAGUACAGCAAUUCUGUUUUCUUGGGAUGGUGGGGGAGGGGGAACAAUGGCAACACUGACUACGAAGUUUCAAAAAAUACUGAUGCACAGACUUUUGUCACAAACACCAUAGGCCUGUGCCUGCAUGUGAUGCUCUUUCCUGAUCGUGCCUGUCUGCUUUACCUCUUGUGUGUUGUAGCAAACCAGUCUCACACAGGAUUCAUUUAGGCUUCGUUACACACACUAAUGAGACAAACAGCACAGUUAGUGCAAGUGUUGCAUGUUUGCUGUGGAAAAUGAAAAUACCCACUUUUGACAGUGUCCCAUUGUAAUCUUCUGAAGCUUGAACUAUCACUUGUUAAGUAGCUGAUCAGUUAAUUAGUAGCUUAAUUGCAAUGGAAACCAUUUGUUUUAAAGAAGUGAAAUCAGUUGCUUUGUGUUGCUGUCAAAAUGGGUAAAUAAUGGUGUAGGCCAAAUAUUGGCUUAUCUUCACAUAUAAUAAGUUAGUCUGUCUUUCCUGUCUCUCUUAUUUCUUAAUGUUUGAAUGUGUGAAGUGGGACUGUUUGGUUCAGUAUGCAUCCCACUGCAAAAGGUUUAGCGGAAUUGACUUUCAAAUUGAAGUUGGGUAUUCAAACCAAUCCUCUGGUAUAUUGCUGCAUGAUAUGCAGUGGUAGUUUAAAAAUGCCUUUAUUUUUAUGUUCUAAAAACAUGGCACAAAUACACGUUUAAACAUAGUUGUAUAUAUUUUUAGAGUAAGUGGUUGAAUAAAUAGGGCAUAACAGACGUUUACUAUUUCAACAGUGGGUGAAGAAACUUUCUAAGAUGUUGGCUGAAGCUGCAUCUUCCUUUUAUAUUAAGAAAAUGGUUCAAGUAAGAGGUGUGGUGCACAAAUAAAUCACCCCAAAUUGAUGAAAUAAAACUCUGAACUGCAAAAGGCACCAGGCUUUUGACUAUUCCUUGGAUGUUUUAUGUUUAUGGAACCUUUUUAUGUCCUGAAAUGUCACUUCCUGUUUUAGUUUGAAAACCUUUGUUAGUUUGAAUAAGACAAAAAACAGACCCUGUGAAUAAUGUAUGGGAAAAUAAAAAUUAAUAUAUGAA